AGUCCGCAAAAAUAUCUACCUGCUACAUAGCUUCACGAACAUUCCAGGAGCAAUAAUAGUCACCACUCGCUUUCCCGAAUCACAUUCCAAAAGCGUCUCUCGCUUCGGAGAUAUUUUUAAACCUUCUCCCGCAAUCACUUCCCAACCAAACAAGCCACUUUCUUCCGUUCGAGUAAAUUUGGAAAGAAAAUCUGUUGAGUUUGAAAUUGGAUCAAUAAUAAUGGAGAGUGGUGAGAGAGAAUGUUACUAUAGAAUUCUUGGUGUGAGUUCUGAUUCUUCGUUUCAAGAGAUAAAGCGUGCUUACAGGAAGCUUGCUAUGCAAUGGCAUCCAGAUAGGUGGACAAAAAAUCCUUCUUUGCUAGGGGAAGCCAAGCGCAAGUUCCAACAAAUUCAAGAAGCUUAUUCAGUAUUGUCUGAUCAAAAGAAAAGAACGAUGUACGAUGCUGGGUUGUAUGAUCCUGAGGAGGAAGAGGAUGAGGGAUUUUUUGAAUUUGUGGAAGAAAUGGUGUCCCUUAUGGCCCAAGUGAGACAAGAGGAGAAGGAGUGUGGGCUUGAAGAUUUGCAGUCCAUGUUCAUGGAAAUGCUUGAAGGAUUCAAGUCUCCUACCAUGUAUUGCUCCAUGCCUUCUUCGUCGAUGUUCGAGUUUGAUGAAUCCCCGUGCGCGAAAAAGGAAGCUAAAAGGAUGCGUUUGGAUACAAGCAUGAUGGAUAAAACAGGGUCACAUUUUCAAGCACCAGCUAGCCUUAACUUUGUAUAAAUCAGGGGAUGUUGCAAUUAGUUCUUAUUUGUUGAAUUGUAGGUGUUGUUUCUCUUUUUUCUGAUUGUAAAUGACACCUUCUCCCUUAGGUAGAGGGGAAGAGGAAACUGUUAUGGACUUGGUUAGAAUUAUGAUUACCCGGAUAAAGGGAUUCAGUGAUUUUUGUUUGUUCCUUUUGGGGUGAUCUAGUGAUGAGGAUGUCCAUUGACCUUGAAUUGAGAAAAGGGAUCUUUGUUCCUUUACAAUUUUGUAAGCUUAUGCUAUACUGUGAUAGAAAAUUUUGUUUCAAA